AUGCUGGUAGCAGCUUUGCCAGCCUCGUCCCAGCAAGUUUCCAUAAUUCAGCCUGUUGGCGCCUCUGUCUGGACCAGUAGCGGCCUUAUCGAGGGCCACACAGCUCCUCAGAGAUCCAAUGUCUCCGAAUACCUGGGCAUUCCCUACGCUACGCCGCCAACGGGGGAUCUGCGAUUCGCACGUCCAGUAGCACACCAUUCCAAUUCUACCGUUCGCGCGAGUACCUAUAGUCCGUAUGUGAAAGACUGUCCAGCUAAUAUCGGUACAACGCCCGAUGAUUACCCCGGUUUCAGCCCCCAGGCUCAAAGGAUUAUCCAAACAUUUGCCCAGCAGUUGGGCACGCCUCAGAGUGAAGACUGCCUGUAUCUGAAUGUGUGGACUAGACCUGCAACAUCGGCCUUGAAGCCUGUGCUCGUCUUUAUCCACGGUGGUAGGUUCUCCUUAGGUGGUGCACAUAGCCCUUACUAUGACGGUCAAAUCUUGGCCGACGAGCAAGAGGUGGUGGUCGUAACGUUCAACUACCGAUUAAACAUAUUUGGUUUCUCCGGCGCACCCGGGUUCCCCCAGAACGUAGCGUUACUCGAUCAGCGUCUCGCAGUGGAAUGGGUCCAUCGCAACAUCCAAGCAUUCGGUGGAGACCCCAAUCGCAUCACAAUCUUCGGACAAUCCGCCGGUGGCGCCUCAGUCGACUACUACUCAUACAUCUGGACAGAGAAACCUCUCGUCAGCGGCCUCAUCUCCCACUCAGGAACAGCACUAAGCUUCAAGCCCAACACUCCCGAGGAAUCAGCCAGCUACUUCUACCACGUAUCCCAAACCCUAGGCUGCGGAAACAGCACCACCAACACAAACCACAUCAUCCAAUGCCUCCGCCAACAACCCUACAAAUCGAUCCUAAAA